UGGUAAGCAUCGAGGGGCUCAGGGAGGAGAGGGAUCCUGCCUGCUUGACAUGAUGUUGGAGUUUGAUGUCUGUCGUUGAGGCAAAGCUCUCUUUAUUUGCUAUUCGCUGGCAGAGGCAACUGAGUGAUAUUUUUUUUGUGUAUGUGUAGGAAGCUAAGGGGCACCUCUGAGAGGCUGAGGGAGUCCUACCCGUCUCUGCCAUGUGUCAUCUUGUAUUCAGGUGGAAUAAUCAGACUCAAACCCAUCGCUUUUCUAAGUGAUGUUCAUCUGUGGACUUGACCGCAUCAGGACUCAACUAAGAAGCUGCUUGUUGUGACUAGCGCUCUCUCUCUCUCUCUCUCUCUCUCUCUCUCUCUCUCUCUCUCUCUCUCUCUGGUGUGUGUGUGUGUGUGUGUGUGUGUGUGUGUGUGUGUGUGUGUGUGUGUGGCAUUUCCAGGGAGGAUGGGCUGAGGAGAGGAGAUAUGCCUCCCCCGACCCCGCCAUGUUGACACGAUCUUCCAGCAGCAGCCCAGGUUUAAAGAAUUCCAGUGAAUAAUUAGUGCUGUGCAGCCAACAUUCCGGAAACUCCAGACUGGAGGGUCUGCCUGCCACUGUAGUUGGUGCUGUUGCUUCUGACACCAGAUUUGAACUGCCUUGGCCUUCAAUCUGGACUGAGGAUCAGUGACGUUUUAAGAACCUUCAAGCCCUCGGGGCCACACUGGGACUGCUGAGGCAUCCAGCUUUGUGGAAUGAACUUUCAUUGGACUACAUGAGCUUUAUGGGAUAAGUCAACUGAAUAAAUCUCCCAUAUAUAUGUAAUAGAAUAUAUAUUAUUAUCAAUUAUGUUCCUCUAGAGAACACUGAUUCUAUAUAUAUUGAAAGUAUUGUGCACCUCAAAGAGAACUCUUGCUUCUCAGAAUUCUCCUUUAUGAGUCACAAUUAAAAGUAGUUUUGGCUAAGCAGAAUUUUUUUUUAUCCUUUGAGGAGGUUUGCAUAUCUUCUCACAUGUACCUAUUUUAUCAAGGCCACAGAGAUUUUGAUAGCUCACCUUUAUCUUGCAUAUUAAGGAUACUUUAGUAGGUCAUGUUCUGGGGGGCAAUCACUGAAAAUGACAUCACCGGGACCGUCACUGGCUACCCAGUGACAGCAAACUAAGGAAAGUUAAUCAAAGGUUAAUCUGAUUCUCGAGUUGCAUUUAAAGAUUAGAGGAUAGAAAUUGGACUUGCUGAUAGACUUUAGUUGGAUUUUAGUUUGAGAAGCUGAGCAAGGUGGAUAACAAACUUCCUGGCAAGGAACAGAAACUCUGUUAGGAAAGAAAAUGAAGAAAACGCAAGAGAAAAUUUGAGGAGAUUAAAACCACAAAUGGAUGCAUAAAGUGGCUCAUGUGGAGGACGGGAGAGGCCUUCUGAAUAUUAGACUCUUGAAAAACAGGAUGCAGAAGUCCUUUUACUAUAUUCCCAUUGUGAGCAGUGUGACCCUGUGGGAAAGAGGCUCACCUCAGAUAAGCCCCAUCCCUCGUUGUAAAACUACAGCUUUGCCCUGCUCCAGAUUCCUUACUCACAUGAAGAAAUUUUCCUCAUCAAAUAAAACGGAUAAAUUACAUUUUCUGCCAUUUCCAGGAUCUAUAGGGACCCAUAGUCCAAAGACAGGUAAAAGACUACUUUGCGUUCACCAGUACACAAUCCCCAAGUCUCCUGCGAGCACCGUUUCUUUAGACGAAGAAGUUGGUGGAGAAGCCUGUCCUUCCCUGACACCGUCCAGUGAAAUGGAGGAAGACGAUCUUUUCUUUACUAUUAAUGAAAUGCAGAAGCCACCUAGACGACUGCCCAAGCAGACCUGGAUCAGCCCAUUUCUGGAAACGCAAGCUGCCAAUAAACUGCUUAAAAGAUCACAGUCGGUGAAUACCAUUUCUCUGGAAGCUGCAGGUAGACAUAUACCACUUGAGAACCAUCCCUUGGGCAACUCCAAGGGAGAUUCUGGUCCUGUGAUGAGACCUUUCACCGCCAUUGGCCUCUGCAGAAAUCUCAGUCAGAACUCCUCUCAGCCGAUCAGCUGUAGGACUUCCGAAACUGUGCAGCAGAAAAAAGUGUCAGCCUCAGGAUCCCCAACUCAAACAGAUUCUCUAGCUGUGUGUGGAAGUGCAUUAGGAAGAGGCACGGUUGCCACCACAACACGGGAGACAACCUGCAAGCAUCUUUAUCACGCCGAAUGGAGGCCAAAGGCAGCUAUCUCUUCCCUUUCCCCUUCCCCUUCCCCUUCCCGUGUAGUCAAAGAGCCCCUGCCUCUGCUCGUGGGCUCCUCUACUCGUUUAUUUUCCAAGAAGUUAAUGAAGGCUUGCUCCUCAGUGGCCCCGCGCCCACACCGGGAUUUCCAUAGGGCUUGUUCACAGACUCUUUCGAAGCCGGUGGUGAAUACUCACACACACUGCUGAGAAGGAAUUGUUCUGCGAGCUCUGCCCAUCUUCCAAUCAAUGCCUGCCCAGAACAACAGAAAGGGCCUCAGAUGUAUUGGUUUCCACAGAACCAUUGUUAGGCUUUGUGAAGCAUUUCUGAACCUAAUAAAUAACGUCAAAAGUC